AUGGAGAAGACCCAUUCAGACGCAUCUCCUAUUCCUCAGCAGCCAUCAUCCGAAGACGACAACAGCGAAGAGAGCAAAAAACACAUCUGUGCGACCUGUAAGAAACGAUUCAGCCGUCCCAGCAGCUUGAUCGUCCACAUCAACACACAUACCGGCGCUAUGCCAUACCGAUGCUCACUUCCCGGAUGUGGGAAAGAGUUCAACGUGAAGUCUAAUAUGGUCCGACAUUACCGAAGCCAUAUGAACCCUGGCAUAGGACGAUCUGCUACCUCUCGCCACAACCUGCCCACCAAGAAUCCGUACCCACAAAUCCAUCCAUGGUCCAUCUCGGAGGAAGUGCAGAACUCCGAACCGCAAUAUUGA